CCGUCGCUCGGUCCGUCGGCCUCGACUUCACGCCGGACUGACGUUGUUUGCCUCACUACUCCAAAUCGCACAAGCAGCCUGCAAAGAUGAUAGCAAGAAGAGGGCCAUCAGCUUUGAGGAUCGUCAAACCAAGAGCAGGCACAAGUCUAGUGAUCGGAGGUCCUCGCAGGCUAGCAACCGGCAAUGCUGGCCCCCGCGCAGGCACAAGCUCCACUUACUCCUCCUCUGCGAGCAGAUUCGGCCUCUUUGCAGCAGGAGGCACAGGCGUAGCUAUCUACUCCCUCUGGUGGGCCGGCCGCCCCUCAUCACAGAUUCAUGCGGAAGCGUCACCCUCCGAUGCGGCCCUCGUAGCCCAGCCCAAUGGUCAGGUCGAGGAAGAGCACCACGUUGACGCCUCAACCAAGAUGGCCCUUCCCAAGCGGCUACCCGCUCCCGUCUGCCUCGGCGGGGAUCCCAAAUCGUCAUCGUCGGAAAAGCCCUUCGUCCUCCUCGCCUCAGGCGUACGGACCGUUUCCUUCCUCCGUGUGCAAGUGUACGUCGUCGCCCUGUACGUCGACGAAGCUGCCUACAAGAAGCAUACCUCUUCCCCCACGAGCAAGAAGGCAGCAGAAGAAGGGAGCACGCAAGCCUUCAUUUCUCAUCUACUCUCUUCGGGAGAAGUACCCUGCAUCCUUCGCGUGGCUCCAACUCGCAACACAGACUUUGGACAUCUGCGAGACGGUUUUGGACGUGCGGUCCAGGCGAGGGUCAAGGUGGUACGCAAAGCGCUCCAGCAAGCGCAAAAGGACGGGGCAGGUGGGCUAGAGGGCGCAGCAGCAGAGUUUGCCUCUUCCCUCUUGCCUUCAGAGGAAGAGGAGCAAGCACUCGCUGAUGGCAUGCAGGCCUUGCGCGAAUGUUUCCCAAAGGCGUCACUACAGAAGGGUCAGACGUUGGAUCUCGUCUUCCACCCUUCGCCGAGGGAGGGUGGGGUUGACCUGACUCUCGAGCACGAUGGGGCUAUCAUGGGAUCGCUGAAGCAUGACGGGAGGGCGAAGCAGGUUCUCGAUGUGGCGAAGCUGCUCAUGGAGGCGUAUGUCGCUGAGAAGGAUCCGGUCAGUGGUGUGUUCAAACAAGCCCUCAGCGAGAAGCUCUUCUCCUCCACCUCGUAACCGCACCUACGUGCGCGGCACUCAUCUACUCAAUAGACCAACGUCCCUCGUACGCUCAUGCGGGAAUGUCUGCAUCUCCUACUAUCUAUGCGGGCAUCAUUGGGCUUCCCCUGAGCCGGAUAGCGAAAGGAGUCAUGGAUUCUAAUCUUCGCUCCUUGUAAUAAUGUCACUGAUCGCAUGGUGUAAGCGAGGAGUGUGAUAAGGUUGGAGCGUGUGCAGAGUUGAGUGGUGGGUAAGAGGGGAGGGGAGAGGGGGGAGAGGAUGGCAAGGACUGUGGAAGAGGUCAGACUGUCAGUCGUGCUCACCGCUUCUUCACCGGGCUGUUGGUGACGAGGAUUGAUUGCACCCUGCUGAGUGCAUGUCCGUGGGGUAUCAAAAUGUCGUGUCGUUGCAGCUCGUCAACUCCCUCAACCCAUCGCGUGCUUGUUGCUCCUUCUCCUCUCCACCUGCUCAUUCUGUAU